ACGUGACCCGCCGCCGCUGCUCUGGUGGGCGCUGGAUCCUGAAGUUGCUGCUACCGGCUGGGCGCGCGUGCGCGGAGGUCUGUCCUGCUUCCUCACCAGACCUCACUUCCAGCCUGUGCGCUGCUGGGCUGGCCACAGGUUCAUGUCUGGAAGCUGCUUUGAGAGUCUUCUGAGGCCCUGGCCACUGCCUGCUGCCGUCCCUUUGAGCCUGGUUCUUCUGUCUGCAGGCCUCCUGGGCCCGCUGCCCACACAUGAUGAGGUGGCCACCCUGUUCCUGCCCCCUGCUGGGGGUCUGUGCCCUAGUCUCCUUGGCCAUCCUGGGGCACAUCCUGCUUCAUGACUUCGACGUGGUCCCCCGAGAGCUGCACAGCUUCUCCCAAGAGGAGAUUUAUCCAGCUCGCCAGCCCAGAGCCAGCGGCCAAGGGCCCCAGCCCGUCCCAGGGCGCCACGGCAGCCCCAGGGCAGCACCCACACAGUGUGACCUGCCCCCGAACGGCCGCUUCGACUGCGCCCCAGACAAGGCCAUCACCCAGGAGCAGUGUGAGGCCCGGGGCUGCUGCUACAUGCCUGCAAGGUGGCCUCCGGGCACCCAGAUGGGGCAGCCCUGGUGCUUCUUCCCUCCCAGCUAUCCCAGUUACAGGCUAGAGAACCUGACCACCACCAAGACAGGCUACACGGCCACCCUGAUCCGUGCCACCCCGACCUUCUUCCCCAAGGACAUCAUGACCUUGCGGCUGGACGUGCUGGUGGAGACUGAGAGCCGGCUCCACUUCACGAUCAAAGAUCCCACCAACCAGCGCUAUGAGGUGCCCUUGGAGACCCCACGUGUCCGCAGCCAGGCGCCGUCCACGCUCUACAGCGUGGAGUUCUCAGAGGAGCCCUUCGGGGUGAUCAUGCGGCGGAAGCUGGAUGGACGGGUGCUGCUGAACACCACAGUGGCCCCCCUGUUCUUCGCCGACCAGUUUCUGCAGCUGUCCACCUCCCUGCCGUCCCAGCACAUCACGGGCCUUGCCGAACACCUCGGGCCCCUGAUGCUCAGCACCAACUGGACCAAGAUCACUCUCUGGAACCGGGACAUUGCCCCGAUGCCCGACGUGAACCUAUAUGGAUCUCACCCUUUCUACCUGGUCCUGGAGGAUGGCGGUUCAGCUCACGGGGUCUUCCUGCUGAACAGCAAUGCCAUGGAUGUGGUCCUGCAGCCCAGCCCGGCCCUCAGCUGGAGGUCGACAGGCGGGAUCCUGGAUGUGUACGUGUUCCUGGGCCCGGAGCCCAAGAGCGUGGUGCGGCAGUACCUGGACAUCGUGGGCUACCCGUUCAUGCCACCGUACUGGGGCCUGGGCUUCCACCUGUGCCGCUGGGGCUACUCCUCCACUGCCAUCACCCGCCAGGUUGUGGAGAACAUGACCAGGGCACACUUCCCUCUGGACGUCCAGUGGAAUGACCUGGACUACAUGGACGCCAGGCGGGACUUCACUUUCAACAAGGACGGCUUUGGGGACUUCCCGGCCCUGGUGCAGGAGCUCCACCAAAGUGGCCGGCGGUACAUCAUGAUUGUUGAUCCUGCCAUCAGCAGCUCCAGCCCUGCCGGGACCUACAGACCCUACGAUGAGGGUCUAAGGCGGGGGGUCUUCAUCACCAAUGAGACUGGGCAGCCGCUGAUUGGGCAGGUGUGGCCCGGACUCACCGCCUUCCCUGACUUCACCAACCCCGAGGCCCUUGACUGGUGGCAGGACAUGGUGGCCGAGUUCCACGCCCAGGUGCCCUUUGACGGCAUGUGGAUCGACAUGAACGAGCCAUCCAAUUUUGUGAGGGGCUCAGUGGAUGGCUGCCCCAAUAGCAACCUGGAGAACCCGCCCUACGUGCCAGCCCCCUCUCCUCCAGGGGUGGUUGGCGGGACCCUCCGGGCAGCCACCAUCUGCGCCUCCAGCCACCAGCUCCUGUCCACGCACUACGACCUGCACAACCUGUACGGCCUGACCGAAGCCUUCGCCUCCCACAGGGCUCUGGUAAAGGCUCGGGGGACGCGCCCCUUUGUGAUCUCUCGCUCAACCUUUGCCGGCCAUGGCCAAUACGCCGGCCACUGGACAGGGGAUGUGUGGAGCAGCUGGGAGCAGCUUUCCUACUCCGUGCCAGAAAUCCUGCUCUUCAAUCUGCUGGGGGUGCCCCUGGUGGGGGCCGACAUCUGUGGCUUCCUGGGCAACACUUCGGAGGAGCUGUGUGUGCGCUGGACCCAGCUGGGGGCCUUCUACCCCUUCAUGCGGAACCACAAUGGCCUGAACAGCCUGCCACAGGAGCCAUACAGGUUCAGCGAGACAGCACAGCAAGCCAUGAGGAAGGCCUUUGCCCUGCGCUACAUGCUGCUGCCCUAUCUCUACACGCUGUUCCAUGGGGCCCAUGUCAGAGGCGAGACCGUGGCCCGGCCCCUCUUCUUGGAGUUCCCCGAGGACCCCCACACCUGGACCGUGGACCGCCAGCUCCUGUGGGGGGAGGCUCUGCUCAUCACCCCGGUGCUCAAGGCCGGGAAGGUUGAGGUCACUGGCUACUUCCCCCGCAGCACGUGGUACGACCUGCAGACGGUGCCAGUGGAGGCCUUUGGCAGCCUCCCACCUCCUGCACCCCUCACGUCUGCCAUCCACAGCGAGGGGCAGUGGGUGACACUGUCUGCCCCACUGGACACCAUCAACCUCCACCUCCGGGCCGGGCACAUCAUCCCCUUGCAGGGCCCUGGCCUCACGACCACAGAGUCCCGCAAGAAGCCCAUGGCCCUGGCCGUGGCCCUGACUGCGAGCGGGGAGGCCCGAGGGGAGCUGUUCUGGGACGAUGGGGAGAGCCUGGGAGUGCUGGACCGUGGGGCCUACACGCAGGUCAUCUUCCUGGCCAGGAACAACACCAUCGUGAACCAGCUGGUGCACGUGAGCAGUGAGGGGGCUGGCCUGCAGCUGAGGAAGGUGACCGUCCUGGGGGUGGCCACAGCCCCCCAGCAGGUCCUCUGCAAUGGCGUUCCUGUAUCCAACUUCACCUACAGCCCUGACACGGAGACCCUGGACAUCCCUGUCUUGCUGACGAUGGGAGAGCAGUUCCUCAUCAGUUGGUCUUAAUCCGGGGCCCAGUGGUAUGCUGCUCCUUUACACACCUCCCGGCAGCCCAGCACCUGCACCCUCCGUCGGCGGUGUGUGGGCCUUGGGUCAGAGCGCUUACCCCAAAUCGCAUGUCACUGACAUCCCUGAACACCCGGAUCUGCUUGUGAGUCUACCUCCCAGGCUCUGGGCCAGGAGCUCUUCUGAGUCUUCUGUCCAGAUGCCAGUUGGGUCAGCGCCCUGAGGGGUGCCGUGUCUGGAAUGUUUACUGAAAGGUUUGCUUCACUGUAGCCUGUCACUGUGAUGCGUGCACUGUCAGUCACCACUGCCUGCCUGUGACACAGAGGUGGUGCUUGGGAUGGGGUGGUACCUGCACCCCAAGGUCCUGCCUCGGGCAGCUCUGCUGCUGCUCUGACCUGAUGAAAGCACAGAGCUGGGGGCCGCUGCAGACUGCUUUCUGGGCAGCUGCCCCUGACAACAGGUGGAGGCUGUCCACCAGUCUGACAAGUAGGCCCAGACACGGCAGAAUUCACAGGACUUGGGGAACCCUUGAUCUGAAGUGCAAUUAUUUUUACUAAAAGGGGCAUUUGCAAUUAAGCUUCUGCCGGUCCUUCUGGGAUACAGUGUAAGGAGGAUGUGUCAAAAGGCUCUGACACAGAAGCAGGACUCCAUCCUUGAUGGGCCCCUGGACGUUCCCGGGCAGGGUGUGCAUGUGUGCUGUACUGUGCACUCAAAGCAGCACCCUCACGUCCCCACCUCACAUCCUAGUAUCACCCAUCUCUAAGGUGACUGGAAAACAUCCAGCCAGGCCUGGUGUCAGUCACGUGGUGGGAGAUGCACCCUCCUCUCCCCCGACCCUGCCCAAGGGCUAUGUAGACUAAGCUGCUACCCCCAACACCUCUGUUCCCAGGGAACAGCUGCUCUGCUUUUGAUCAUUAUAGACUAGUUUACAUUUUCUGGAAUUUUAUAUAAAUGGAAUCAUAUAGCAUGUAUUUCUUUUGGUCUAAUUAAUUACUCAGUCUAAUUUGAGGUUUAUCCACGUUGUGUGCGUUUUCAUUGCCAAAUAGUUUUCCAUUGGAUGGACGUGCCACAUUUAUCAAAUUUUCAUGGAUGUUUGUUAGGAUUGUUCUCAGUUUUUGACUUGUGAAUAAAGAUGUGGUAAUCAUGGACCAUUCUGUGAACGGACAUGUUUUCAUUUCUCUUGAGCAAACACCAAGUGUGAUAUGGUCAGGUCAUAUGGAGGGUGUGUGUGUGACUGACUGAACUGUUUUCCAAAGUGGGUGACCCACUCUGCACUCCCACCAGCCUUGCUGUCGCUUGGUGCGGUCUGUAUGCUCACUUUCAGCUGUUCCAGUGACAGUGGAUCUCGUGGUUCUGAUUUGCAACUGAAGAUAGUGAGCAUCUUUCAUGGACUUGUCACCCAUAAAUCUUCUCUGGUGAAGUGUCUGUUCAAGUAUCUUGCCCAUUUUUUACUUGGAUUUGUUGACCUUAUUAUUGAGUUACAAAGUACAUUGUUUUUCCAUUGCUACCAUAACAAAUUACCACAAUCUCUGUGGCUUAAAAUAACACAGAUUUACUCUAUCACAGUUCUGUAGGUCAGAAAUUUGACACGGUCAACUGGGCUAAGUUAGGUGUCAGCAGGGAAGCGUCUUCUCUGGAGGCUCCAGGGGAGAAUCUGCUCCCCUGCUCAUGCAGGUUGUCAGCAAAUUCAGUCUCCUGAGUGUGUGGGUGUGAGGUCCGCAUGUCCCUGUGGUUGUGAGCCAGACGUCCUCCUCACCUUCUAGAGGCUGCUCCACAUCCUGGCUCGUGGCACCUUCAUCUUCAAAUCCAGCAACGGUGGGUUGAGUCCUGCUCACCCCUGAGAAUCAAUCCUGCCUCUUCCAUUAUACCACUCUCUGACCCAUGGUAGCCCAGAGCAUUCUUGACUUUAAAGGGCUCACGUGAUUAGAUAGGGUCCACCUGGAUAAUCCAGGAUAAUUUCAUCUCAAUCUUUAAUUGCACCUGCAAAGUCCUUGCCAUUUCAUGUAACAUAUUCAUGGGUUCCAGGGAUUAAGAUGUGGGCAUUUUGGGGGGCCCACCACUCUACCUACACAUAAAGUACUUGAUAUUUUCUAGUUUAAGUCCUUUGUCAAGUAUAUGCUUUGCAAAUAUUUUCCCCCCUUGCUCAUGCCCUUUUUGUCUUUAAGUAUAAUUUUAGAGGAGGAAGUCUAAGAUUCCCCACCUGAUUUUUGAGGUAUAGUUCACAUACCACACAACUUUACCACUUUAAAAUGUACAAUUCAGGGCUUCCCUGGUGGCGCAGUGGUUGAGAGCCUGCCUGCC